AGGGCGGGAGACCGGAGCAGAGGACAGGCUGUGGACUUCCAGAAGCUUCCAGACCCAUCCUGUGUAUAAGGGAGACCAACCUCUGACCUCCAGUCCACCAUGGGUCAGACCAUCCGCAAACACACUCCUAACCGCUUCCCCUUUAAACGCAGCAACCAAAGCCAACCCCCCCAUGAUCAAAACCUGUCCCCCCGACCGAGCAUCUUCUCCACGCUAAGGAGGGCCCCCGCCCAGAAACCCAAUGAUUUUGUCCCCCUGUUCAAUGACUGCGUCUCCACCGCCUCAUCCAGAGCUCAGGAGUACCUCACCUUUAAGGAUCCGGAGGAGAAGUUCCGCCCGAGUCCUGAGGUGCUCACUCAGGUCUUCCUGAUGACAUACAUCUCUCAGAGCGUCUGCCUUAACCUGACAGACACCUUCAACUGCACAGCGAUGACACCCGAGCAGCGCAUCCUCCUUGGAGCAGACUGGGUCUGGGCUCUGCUGGAAAAGCCCACCAAGAACCCUCGGAUCCAGAUCGCCGUGCAGGUCCUUCACCUGCCUGAGAGGGAGGACAGCGAGGAGAAAGGCUUCUCUUCCGAUGGCUGCAGCGAGACCCUCCUGAUGGCCCAGAGAGCGUCCAGCAACAGGACCAUGUGCGAGAGGAUGGUGGACUUCUGCGCCUCCGUCGGAAAGGACUGCUAUGCUCUCUUCUUGUUCAUGGGGAAGAGAAACGACAAGGAUAAUAUCUACGGCGUCCUCAGCAACAACUUUGAGGCGGCCAUUGGGAAGUGUGACAAGAUUGACAGAGCUCUAAUAGAGAACUUCUUCAAAGGCUCCAGGUAUCUCCACACGCCUACAGGGAUGAUGCAGGCUAUUGUGACCAAGAGAGAGGGAGACUUUCUCACUCUCAUGAUUAAAUUCAGCUAA